AUGAAGACGGAGAAGGACGAGGGGGUGCCCACCUUCUCCCUGGGGGGGAAAUACAAUGGAGAGGGGGCAGGUGAGUCCCCAUGCUGUUGCAGUGAAGCGGCUCUGCCCGGCGGCCCCAUGGCAGUGGUGGGGAACGGAGGGACCCCAGCCCAGGACCUGCGGACGCUGAAGCGCAGACCUGUGCCAGGAAAGCACUACCAGUGCUCGAGCUACGGGUGCAAACUGGCCUUCCCCAGCAUGCAGGAGCUGAUGGACCACCUGAAGGUCCACUACAGACCCACACAGUCCCUCGAGGGUAAAACCUUCCAAUGUCCCACACUGGGCUGCGGAGAAACCCUCCCCAGCAUGCAGGACCUCAUGGCCCACAUGAAGGUGCACUACAAACCAAACCGCUACUUCAAGUGUGAGAACUGCCUGCUGCGCUUCCGGACGCACCGCUCCCUCUUCAAGCACCUGCACGUCUGCUCCGACAGCGCCAGCAGCCCCCCGCUGCCCCCCAGAACCGACAAACCCACCCCACCUGCUACCUCUGCCCUGGAGAAGGACCCCCCGGCCAAGCCCCCGGAGGGGCUCCCCAAACUCCCCGGCGUAAUCCGGCCCCCGGAGAAA